AUGGCGGGCCUCACGGGCAAGACCCAAAAAAUUAGGGUUUCGUACGCCGAUCCGGACGCCACCGACUCGUCGUCGGACGAAUCGGAGGCCGUGAGAUCGAAGAGGAAGAUCCACGAGCUCGUCGUCCUCCAGAGGAAAUCGAGGAUCAAUUCCGCCCCAGAGGAACCUCCGGCGGGGGAGGGCCCGAGGAUUAGGCUGCAAACCAAGCCUAAUUCCACCUGGAAUGUGAACCACUUCCCCGGGGUCCGUCGGAGGAAGUGGGGGAAGUUCGCGUCGGAGAUCAGGGACCCCCUGUCCAAGAAGCGCAUCUGGCUGGGGACCUACAACACGGCGGAGGCGGCGAGAGACGCCUACGUCGCGAAGAAGGCGGAGAUCGAGGCGAGGUCAUGGGCCGGGCGGGGCCCCGACUGGGUCCCCUGCGAGGAGAAAUCGGCGAAUCGGGACUCGCCGACCUCCGUGCUGGAGGUCGGGGCGGCGGAGGAGCUCUCCGCCGCCGCAGAGGAGGGGGCUCCGGCUGGGUUCGGGUUUUUUCGGGGCGUGCGGGUCGUGGACGAAAACGGGUUUCUGCUGGGCGGGUUCGGGAAGCUUGAUGAUCUGAGUAUCCGUGCAGAUGAGGAUGGCGUCAUCUUGGCAGACUGA